AUGAGUCCUGCUGGAGCCGGGAAUCGACCAACUGAUAUGCGAGCUUUGUGUCCUAGUGAAGUUCCUGUCAAGUUAGGCGAUGGCUGGCUGGACAAGCUGGCUUUGGACAAGGUUCUUGGAACUCCCAAGGCCAUGAAUGUGGCAGAGAUCGAUGAGAUGGUCGGAUGCUUUCUCAGAGGAGCUGUCGUAGCCCGUAAUGCUGGCUUCGCAGGCUGUCAAUUGCAUGGAGCCCAUGGCUUCCUCCUGUCCCAGUUUCUCUCUCCUCAUACGAACCGCCGAACAGAUGACUACGGAGGCACGCCCGAGAAGCGUAUGGCUUUGWUGAAACGUCUUGUGCGCGAGAUCCGCGAUCGAUGUCCUCCUCCUUACUGUCUCAGCGUCAAGCUGAAUAGCGCCGACUACAUGUCCAAAGGAGGCCUCCAACAAGCCGAAGCCUUGGAACAAGUACGCUGGCUUGCAAAUUGUGGAAUGGUAGACUUUAUUGAGAUCUCUGGCGGUAAUGCAGAGCAAACAGGUUCAAAGCUACAGGGAUCGUUUGGGAGUAAGACAAUAAGUGUUGCCCCUAAGAAGAGCGAGAGUACCAGGAUUCGCGAAGGGUUUUUCACAGAUUUUGCGGAGAAAGUCCAAGCUAUGGAUUCGCCUGUUCCGAUUCAGCUGUCUGGCGGGUUCCGGUCGAGGACAGGAAUGGCCGAUGCGAUUGAAUCCGGGGUUUGCGAUCUCAUCGGGUUGGGGAGGGCAGCAGUGUUGGAGCCUGAACUUCCGCGCAAGACAAUUUUGAACCCAGAUGUUGGGGAUGAUCAGGCUUUGGGCAUGUCGCAUAUAGUAAGAGGCCAGUGGUUUGGGAAGUUAAUUCCUGCACAGAUCAUUGGGCGUGGGCUAGCGAUUUCUUUCUUCUACCACCAAAUGCGCAGGAUGGGUUCUGGGCUUAGACCUGACCCGAAUGUGACAAUCCCGUGGAUCUUCUUCCAAAAGAUCUGGAGUGGGAUUUGGGCAGGACUUACGAAUACCUUCCAGAGGGUGGCGAUCGGAAAAGCUACCACCGGGGUGGAGUAA